AUGGCCCGUAAGCGGGACCCUCUCUGGCGCGACUGGGCGGUAUGGGCUCCCUUGCUGGCUGCUCUGGCACAGCUCCUGCUAGGGGGAGCCAGCCGAGAGGAGCUGGCGGGUGUGGGCUCCAGCCUCCAGGCUUUGCUCCAGGAGCUGCAGGAGGUGCGGCGGGAGCUGAGCCUCAGAAAGCCGCGGCACGCCUUUCCCGAGGAGUCCGAAGAGGCCGAAGACGAGGUUGCCGAGGUUGAGACGGAGCCCGACGCCGUGCCGACUCCGCCCGCACCGGCGCCGCACUGGCCGGCCAUCCGGCCGCCUCCGCUGAACACCGACUCAGGCAGAGACGUGAUCUCCACAGACUGCUUCGACGUGUUCUCCACGGGCCUGUCGUUGGAGUGCCCUGGCAUGCGCCCACAGCACUGCACUUCGGGAGCCUCCGCGCCGGCGAUCCGGGCCAUGUGCCCGCGAAGCUGCAACAGCACUUGCGAGGGCUGCAAAGAUUUGGCCUUCACGACAUUUCAGGAGUCCGACGGGUCCAUGUCUAGCUGCCGACAGCUGCAGCCCAACUGCAAGGACCACGAGUCCGGGGAGCGCGUGCGCCGAAUUUGCCCGGUCACCUGUGGCCUGUGCCCGGGUGCGCCGCUCAGCGUUCCGCCUGCCUCUGAGCAGGCCCUUUUCCGGUUGCUGCGGAAUCGCAGCUCCAGGCUGGAAGCUGAGCUCGCCAGAGGCGGACCGCCGAGGCCGGAGGAUGUGCAGAUCCCUCAGAUCUUGCACCAAACCUGGAAGACUGACCAGAUUCCCGUGAAAUACCGGGACGAGAUCGCCUCCUGGCGACGGCUGCAUCCCCACUGGCGCUUUGAGUUCUGGGAUGAUGCACGUAGCGCCCAGCUGAUGUGGGAGGUCUUCCCAGAGCACGCGCGCGCCUUCGAAGAGAUGUCCGGCAUCAAGCGGGCGGAUGUGGCGCGAAUUGUGGCGCUCUAUGCGAUGGGCGGCGUCUACGCGGACAUCGACGUGGCAGCCACCAGGUCCUUCGACCCGCUGCUGGCGGCGGCUGCGCGGGCCCGGCAGGGGGUGCUGCUUGGGGAGGAGAAUAUUGUCCACACAGUUCUCCUGGAAAAGAGGCUGUGGGGACGGCUGGUGAGCAACGCUGUGAUGGCCGCAGUACCGAGGCAUCCCUUCUGGUUGGAGGUGCUACGGGAGAUCUUUCAGCGCAGCUGCGGCACGGACCCGGUGCAGUGCACGGGCCCUCGCCUGCUGGACGCCGUGAGCCUCAGAUUUCUGCGGGGCGGAGGCUCCUUGAGCGCUGUGGCGCGCCUGCCCUUCGACUACUUCUCCCCCCACCUGGCGCGGUGGAACGCUGGCGCAAUGACCACCUCCUGCCGGGAUCUGGCGGGAGACAUUGAGCCCCUCUUGCCGGAGCACCGAGAGGUGCUGCUCUUCGCUUGCAGAGGCCUGGAGCGGGCCUUGCAGAACGAUGCGGCCCUGCAGAGCGAAAGGACCUUCGCAGUGCACCGCUGGCAAUGCAGCUGGUGCCGAGAGGACGCCGCAAUGCAGGCAGCCAUGCCUUUGCGCGAGCUGCUCUUUCAGGUCGGCAACGAGAGCCGAAAGCGCCGCUCCCGCUUGGGGCCGACAUCGGCACAUCCCUUGCUGGACUUUCGCAAGAGGCUCCUGAGCAAAUGGCCCACCAUUCAGGAGGCCUUCGCGGCAAUCGACAGCUACUUGUCCAAGGUGACGCGACCCAUGAACCUGCAGGAGUGGGCUAACACUCUCUCCAAUCUAGGCCUUGCCAAUCUGCAAGAUGCUCGAGUGAUCUACGAGCUGCUGGAUGAGAACAAGGAUGGGGAGAUCACGCUGCAGGAAUUCCACUGGGGCAUCGAGACGGUUGCGCCGGUGACCUGCCUAGAGUCCCUUCGGAAGCGGUUGCU